AUCCGUUUAUGGGAUGUUAAGACAGGAUAAUAAAAAGCCAAAUUAGAUGGUCAUUCAGGAACAUUUUAUUCAGUCAAUUUCUCUCCUGAUGGUACUACAUUAGCAUCUGGUGGAGAAUACUCUAUCCGUUUAUGGGAUGUUAAGACAGGAUAAUAAAAAGCCAAAUUAGAUGGUCAUUCAAAUUUUGUUAUAACAGUCAAUUUCUCUCCUGAUGGUACUACAUUAGCAUCUGGUAGUUAUGAUAAGUCUAUCCGUUUAUGGGAUGUUAUGACAGGAUAAUAAAUAGCCAAAUUAGAUGGUCAUUCAAGUUAUGUUAUGUCAGUCAAUUUCUCUCCUGAUAGUACUACAUUGGCAUCUGGUAGUUAUGAUAAGUCUAUCCGUUUAUGGGAUGUUAAGACAGUAUAAUAAAAAACCAAAUUAGAUGGUCAUUCAUCAACAGUUCUAUCAGUCAAUUUCUCUCCUGAUAGUACUACAUUAGCAUCUGGUAGUGGAGAUAAGUCUAUCCGUUUAUGGGAUGUUAAGACAGGACAAGAAAUCCAAUAGUCAGAUAAUCGUUAUAAAGAUAUUUUAGCUUAAUUUUCACCUUCAAUAUUGAAAAAUAAUGUUCUUCCAGAAAGUGUUAAUUCUAAUGUUACCAUUCUUCUAAUAUCAUAAUAGCUAAUUUUUUAAUCAGAAGGUGCUCUAAUUUUGAAAGGAGAAUUUACUAAUCAAUCAGGCAUAGACUUAAGAACAUUAUUUUAAUAGAGAGGAGGCUGCAUUUUAGAACGCUAAAUUGCAUUAUAUUUACAAUAACAAUGA